AUGGAAUAUCUCUUAAAAGUUUUAUGCAUUUUUUCUCUACUCUAUUCCAUUUUAAGACUUUCCAAGUUGGUUCUUAAACGUAGAAACCAAUCAUGUUACAUGUUAGCCUAUGAGUGUUUCAAACCAAAAGAAGAAACAAAACUCAACACAAAUGCAUGUGCAAAAAUAGUCCUAAGAAACAAAAACCUUGGUCUAGAUGAAUUUAGAUUUCACUUAAAAACCAUUGUUAGUUCAGGAAUAGGUGAAAACACUUACUGUCCAAAGAACGUUCUAGAAGGAAGAGAUGCAUGUGCAACUCUCAAAGACAUAUAUGAAGAAAUAGAUAAAUCAUCAAGAAUAAUAAACAGAUACAAAAUGAGAGAAGAUGUAAAAGUCUUCAAUCUUGCAGGAAUGGGGUGUAGUGCAAGUGUUGUAGCUAUUGAUCUUGUGCAACAGCUUUUCAAAACACAUGAAAACUCCUUAGGAAUUGUUGUUAGCACAGAAGAGCUUGGUUCUCAUUGGUACUGUGGAAAAGACAAAAGAAUGAUGUUACCUAACUGUAUUUUUCGUUCAGGUGGUUGCUCAAUGCUGUUCACAAACAAAAUGGAGUUGAGAAACAAAGCUAUCUUGAAACUGAAACACAUGCAGAGAACACAGUUUGGUGCUGAUGGUGAAGCUUAUAAUUGUUGCAUACAAGUGGAAGAUAAAGAAGGUUUUGCAGGUUUUCGGCUAACCAAAAGGCUUGUGAAAAUUGCUGCACAAGCUUUGACAGUAAAUUUGCAUAGCAUGGCUCCAAAGAUUCUACCACUUUGGGAACUGGUAAGGUUUUUCAGAUUUUCAGUAUUUUUUAGCCACGGUGGUGAAAUGGUUAAAAAGCCGAUAUUUAAUGUGUUAGGAGGUGGAAUAAAUUUAAAAACUGGGAUAGAACAUUUUUGUGUUCAUCCUGGUGGUAAAGCAGUGCUUGAUGAAGUUGGUAAGGGUUUAAGAUUGAAUGAAUAUGAUCUUGAACCAGCUAAAAUGGCAUUUCAUCGUUGGGGUAAUACUUCUGCUGGUGGAUUAUGGUAUGUUUUAGGGUAUAUGGAAGCAAAAAAGAGACUCAAAAAAGGUGAUAGAGUUUUGAUGAUUAGUCUUGGAGCUGGUUUUAAGUGUAACACAUGUGUUUGGGAAGUGAUGAGAGAUUUAUCUGAUGCCAAUGUUUGGAAAGAUUGUAUUGAUAGUUAUCCUCCACCUUCACUGAAUAAUCCAUUUAAGGAGAAGUAUGAAUGGAUUCAUGAUGAUUAUCUUGGCUUUGUGAGGUUCGAUUUUAGCAGAAUGAAGGUUGAUUAG